GGCGGCGCGAAGCCAGUCCGACAGCGGCUUUCAGCGCGCGCACUCAUACACGCAUCGCAGUCACGGGCCCGCGAUUUUCCACGCAAGAUUCCCAGUGGUUCAGCCCAAGUUCUCCUCGAGAACAUUUCGUUUAUCGCCGCUACUUAUCUUUCGUCACAUAGACUUCAAGAAUCUGGUCAUGGGCGGCCUGAUGAGCUACCUGUGGGGCGGAUCCGCGGCGGCGGCGGCCGACGACGACGACCCGGCGCUCGACGUGCCGGACCCGGUGCUGGGCGUGACGCCGCGCGAGAAGCGCAUGGUCACCGACUGCUGGGACAUCGUGCGCCAGGACGCCAAGGGCAACGGCACCGAGCUGCUGCUGCUGUUCUUUACCAACAAUCCUGAGGCGAAGAAGAGGUUCACCAGCUUCAAGGACGUGCCCAUAUCAGACCUGCGCACCAACCCCAAGUUCCACGCGCAUGCUAACAGCGUCAUGUAUGCACUGACUGCUGUUGUGGACCACUUGGAUGACCCUGAGGUCAUGAUUGAGAUGCUGCGCAAGCAGGGCGAGAACCACGGCCGAAGGAAGAUUACAGAAGCAGAGUUCUUGGCAUUGAAGAAGGAUUUCUUUCAAUUUCUGCUAGAGAAACUCAGUGCAAAGAUGACUCCAGAGUGCAUCAAAGCAUGGGAGAAAAUUGCUGAUGCAGCAUUUUCUACAAUGAUCAACUCUCUGAAUGAGGUCCAGAAAAGUCAGCAUGUUAUCUCUUGAGCAGACACCCAAAGCAGCUACAACAUUUCCAUGUGAAAUUCAGUGCUACACUCAACAGCAUUGUCACAACUGGAGAGUUGUUCCUCAGACCACUUUUACGAUGUUUAUAAUUUUAUGACAAGACAAGGGGUCAAAUGAGAAUUCAGUGUUGUAACAAAGGCAUAUUUUCAUAACAUUUAAUACUGUGAAAGACUGUGUUGCAUGCCAUUGAUGUUAGCACAGCUGACAGAACUCUUCUUAUGGACAAAACCAAGGAAAAUAUUUUGGAGAAACAAGAAAAGACACUGCUUACACAAUCAUCUGUCAAAUGUGCAAUGUUUAAAUAAUCAAGAAUCACUAGUGAGGAGAUGAGUUUCACAUCAGGGUAAAUGGAUUUCAAAAAAGGGACUGAAGAGGAAUGAGAAGUGAGUCAAAUGUGAACCAUUUUAUCUUAAAAGACAAUAUAUUUUGCACCCACUUCAGUGACAUGGCAAGGAUUUUUGCUCUGUGUACUUAGAUACACUUCUUGUGAAGGUGUGAUAUUCUGUAUAGAUUAAAAAUGGUAUUAAUACACAAGCAGUUUCAGUGACAAUCAGGAGAACAAAAUGCCUGAAAUAUCUACCUAACGAGAGAAUAUUUUGGAGUCUGAUACAACAGAAAUAAUUAGCUCCAAUUGGCUCUAGUGGUUCUGCUUCCUUACUAUCAUAUGAAGAAAGCAGAACAUGCCAUAAGCUGUUCUUACUAUAACAAAAUUUAGUUUAGUUUUAACAUUUUAAUACUUUAUCCAGCAACAUAUUUUGACUAAAGGACAUAACCUGUGUAAGCAAGAUUUUAUCAUCCUGGAAGUUUGUAUGCUUGGGUAUUAACUUUUAUCAGUAAUUACCUUGUUUAAUUCAUGUUGAAUUUGUUUACCUACAGGAUAAUGCUAUAGUACUUUAAUAAGAUGAUCCUUUCCUUUUUUGUUCAAUAUUUUUUUCCUUCGUAUGUCGUCACUGUUUUCACAGCAUAAAUUUUAUUGGUAUUACAGUAAAAAGCUGUGCAUUUAGUGCACCAUUUUUAUUAGUAGAAAAGUUUUCAUGAGUCUCAUAUACAUGAUAUUUGAUAUCAUUAUUGGUUUACAUGGACUAAUAUGAAAAAUUUUAAACCUGUGUUGCUAUUAUAUUUUAUAAUAAUUUAAAAUGCUGGUAUAUUUAACUGUGGACUAUGUUCGGUGACUACAUUUUAAAAAAAUUAAUAAGAGAUGAAAAAGAUCUCUGAAUACACAAAAAUAAUGAUCCUAAACAGUUUUAAUUAUGGAAUUCAGCUUACUUACUGUUAUCUUUUGCUCACUUUUCAACCACACUUCCUUAAUAUCUACGGGCUUUAUCUUUCCUCAUGUUUAGUAGUACACAUUAUUGUUUGGAGAUGUUUUGACAGGCUCAGUGUGUGUGUGUGGGGGGAGGGGGGGGGGGGGGAGGAAGAGUUCCAACAAAAUGUCAGUUGGCACCUCAGUUCACUUUCAUAGAUCCAUUAUUUGAACUGACAUAAUUCUCCAAGAGUUACUGCACAAGGUGUCUGUCACUGAAUCCUUCUACAAGAAGAUCAACUGUUAUAUCACUGUUUUCAUUUCUUUAGCAUUGGACUCUUGUUAACGGUUGCUACCUUACGGUUCUGUUGAUAUUUUAUUUUAUUUUAUUUUUUUUUUUCAACAAGGGACGAUAUGCAUAUUUCUAAACUAUGGGCUAUGUUUGCUCUCCUCAAUAUUUAAUUAAAAUUAAAUUUACAAUCAAGUUUGAUGCAGUUGCACAUGUAAGAAAUGGAUUCUGCAGAUAUAGUGCUUGCACUCAUUUCUUUAAAAUUUAACUUUUUUCUGAAAUCAAUUCUUAGUACAUAUAAAAUGUAAUUUUGAGAAUGAGCUCCUGAGAAAUAUGUCUGUGUGAUGGACUGAUUAACAGCCAGAAAUCAGUGUGUUGUCAUAGAUCAUACAUUGAGCAAAUGUGUUAGUAAUAAAGGGCAAGAAUGGAGAACUGGUACUCAGUAUGCAAAGAUAGCAUGGUGUAAUGUAAACAUUUCCUGGUAGUUUCUAUGAUUAACUAUUACUUCAAGGAUUGGGCAAUACAGUGUGUGUGCAAAAAUAAAAAAAAGAAGUAAUUUUUGUUGUAUAUAAGUCAAUCAAGUUCAUUAUGUUCAUUCUUCUGGUCUACAAAGAAAAAACUUCUGCCAGAGUGCAAAAAACUGUCUGCUGAGUAACAAUUAUGACACUACUGUGCACUUUAAUCAUUAUUUUAUGCAAUUGAUGCACACUUGUGAUUUUCAUCCUAAACUAGGAACUUGACAUAAUCCCACAAAAGUAAGUCUAAGGAAAAAGGCCAUUCGGUAUCAUAUUCCACAAAUGCAAUGAGCCUCUACUGACCCACCAUCCCAGUAACUCACAGUGGAGAUAAUCAUAAACAGUGACAGUAAAGUAUAAAGGAGAAUGUUCAAUUGGAAUGCAACAGCAUUCAGAGUUUCAUCAGCCUCAGCUUUGGGUAAUGUGAGGAACCCUUUAAAGAUAUCAUGGUAACUUGCACAUAUAACCACUCUCUAUGUAGAAAAGUGUGGUUGUUAAAUCUUAGUCUUGACCAUCCUUAGCCAGAUGAUGAGCUUCAGGAUGUUUACUUCUCAUUCUUUAAUUUUGAGGAUUGCAGUUAGUCCAUAAUUGGAAGAUGACAAUUUACAAAACCACUUUUCUGUAUUUCUGGUGCUAUAACUCUCACACCUUCCUGAUAGUUUUAGGGACAUUGAAGAUAAAAUUAAACACUAUCAACUGAACUGGUCUCCGAUACGCCAAGAAUACUAUAAGACCUCAUUCUACAAAUAACUGCAAAUUACGUAUGCUGGGGUCAUCACCAUAUGAGGUGUUCUAGGACAAAGCAUUAUUUGGAACAGUUCAGCCAGUCUUCAAAGACUUAAGUUUUGAUUAGUUUACAAAAUCAAGUUAUUGGGUGCUGAAGUCUUACAACUGAUGUUCAGUAUGUUAUGUAGAUCAAACCAGUGCUUUGCGUGCAAAGUGAAAGUUAAUAUAUUAUCAUUAGAACAGGUAGUUAAUCCAUGAAUUUGAAUACUACUCUCAUACCACCAAUUAUUUUAGUAAAUAUGUUGGUCUCAUUGCUCUGUUGUGUGGUGGCAAUAAAAGAGAGAAAUAAAAAUGAAUUUUGAAUCACAUUUCUCAUUUCACUGUUUCAUUUUGUCAGAAGCACAAUAAAUAUCGUCUUUUUAGAAACAGUAAAACAGAGUAGUUCAGUAUGGGGCAAUAUGACCUGAAUGGUUAAAUGUCACUUAAGAUUUUUAGUAUCUGUCUACAGAUCUUUAAAUAACAACUGAAAUAUUAUGGCACAUAUUGAAGAAGAUCGAGUUCCGUAUAUAAUACAGGACAAAAAUUCAUUUGUUUCACAAUAAAUAACAGAAGGGUAUAUUAGCCAUGAGUUACACUGUAAAUAUAUUUUUUCAUUCUAGUGGGUUUUUAAUUUUAUUAGGACAUCAAAACAAUCAACAGUGCCUCAGAAGUGGAAAAAAAGCUGUGUUAUUCACAGAACAUGUAAGAAAACAUUCUUAUUGACUUGUAUUAAUCAUUGUUGAGGGAUCUGAAAAAUUGUUUUAUGGUAUAUAAGAACAUAUUGUUGAAUAUGAAAAGAAAUGUCAUAUCAACCACAAAAAAUUAAUUGUGUACAUUUGUAAUUAUAGAGAGAUGUAAAAUUAAUGGAAAUAAAUACUUGCUUUAUUA